UUAAAAUAACUUUGCUUAUUGUAGAGCUUCAAAAAUGAAUUCUCGUUUUUUGAUAUUUUUUCUAAUUUAUUUACUGUGCCCAUAUACAAUGGCUCUUGGUAUGGACAGUAUGGACUGCAGCCCCAAGUCUAAAGACAAGUGUCCUCCCGAGACAACACAGCAUUUGAGCAAUGGAAAUCCCAAACAAAAGGCUUCUAGCAUUGCGCAGAAAGCAGCUCAGGAAGCAAAGGCUGCUAGUGAUGCACAAAUGGCGGCUGCUGAGGCAGCGUCCACGCAUGUCAAGCUUGAGCUGGCCGAGAAGGCGGCACAGUCGGCUAAAGCCGCCGAGGCAGCACUAGCGGGCAAGCAGCAAAUUAUGGAGCAGUUCACACAGGAAGUGGCCGAGGCAGAGUCUGUGGUAGGUGAAGUCUCGAAUUCGCUACAGAGCACACAAACGAAUGCGAAUGCUGCAGCGCAGGCACUGUCCGAAGCAACGGAGCAGCUAGCAGAGCUGAAGCGUCUAGUGGCCGCCGGUACCAGCAAUCUAGCUAACAUUGAAAGUGUGACAAAUGGAGCGCAGCAGGCUCUGACUGAAAAGACACAGCUGUUGGAGGCGGCCAAGACUCGUGUAGAAAGCUUAAAUCGACAGCUCUUAGAAGCUAGAGAUGACUUUGAGAAAACUAAGAAAGCAGCCUAUAAAGCGGCUUGUGCAGCAGUUGAAGCUAAGCAAAAGGCACAAAAACCUUAAAAACAAAACACGUAUUAAUGCUGACAAUGCUUUUGCAUACAAACUAUGUAUAGUUUGAAUUUUAAAAAUCCGUUGAAUAAAGUUAUCG